AUGCAUGCCACGGUGCUUCGUGCUCUAGAACGAUGCUGUAUCUGUGACGCGUACUUUUUACCCCGUGAUUCAGCACCAAAAAGACGCACGCACAUCGAAGCUUGUGCCCGCUUUGCCGGUCUUGGAAGUGACGAAGUCGAGGAUCUCGUCGUCAAGGCUGGCGCUCAGGCGCUAGCGUCAUUACGGGCCGCACACGAAGUUCAGUAUGCAAAAAGCACUCUAUUCACCAAGAUGGGUGAGCGCCAUGUUCCUGAUAAGCGCCUCGUCAAGUUAUCUGCCGUUAUUGGCCCACGUCUCGAGGCGUGCGCGCUGGCCUCUGCUGCUGAGGAGCACCGUGCCGCGCGAGUGACGUGCCGGGCUUAUCUCCAGCGGCUUUGCGUGAAUGAGAUGCCGCACGGCCCCCGAAGAUGUCCUAUUCGACGUGGACGCGCACGGACGCGGGCUGUUGCUUUCCAUGCGGCGCUCACAGGCGAAGUGUCCCUGGAAAGCAUUGCAGCCGACAUGGACCGUCAGCCCUCACCUUUCCCCCCGGUGCACCGCCGCCCAUAUACCCACUCCGUUCAUGCUAGUGUACCUACGUCGGAUGACGAGCACGACGUAUACGAUACAUACGUGUAG